UAAAUCGUGUAUGAGAUACGCGGGUGAGUGGAAGCAAGUAUCUGGUGUGCAAGUUCAUUCAGCAAUGUUUUCGCGCGACGCCCAAUUGAUUAAAUGGCCAGGAGUGACGACAAUAUCGUCAACAAUAACGUGACAAGGAGCCGCGGCAACAGAUCAUCAGUAGCAGAGUCGCCAAUAGCAACUCGCGCGAGGUUAUGUCAUCCUCGUCGGAAAACCCCGUCGUCGACGUCGGUGCCGACAUCCCAUCUUCGUCUAUGCACUUAUGGCGAGGCCCAGAUAAGCUGUGCCUCAAUGCAGCUGCCGUCGACCAGCAACUCGAUGGACCACUUGCCAAACUCGUCACUGUUGGGGAUCGCAUUUUUCUUAUGACAACUACCUGUAGCCUCUACCAUGGAGAGGUUGUUACUGCCAGUGAAGGGGCUGAUUCAUCGCUGACUUUAUUGUCACUAAUUAAGAGCCAGCUCAGUGCUGUUGAUGUGGCUGCCAACAGUCAAUAUCUCUUUGUCGUAACCACUGAUGGUUGUGUGCACAAAAUCAACCCUCAAGAUCUUAAUAUUAUUGACUCUAUUGUUAUUAGAGAAGAUAUCAAAUACUGUAAUCAUGGUUGCAGACAGGGCAGUGAUAUAGCCAAAGUAAUAGCAAUAGCAGUUAAUGAUGAUUCUGCUUUAUUUGUAACAGAGAAUGGUCAGCUAUGGGCAAGUGGUGACCAACCCCAAAUUGACAUUAAAUCUCAGGAACCUAAGAAAGUAAUUUUUUUCGACGGUAGAAUUGUUUCAGAUGUAGCAUGUGGAUCUAAUUUUUAUGUAGUUUUAGUAAGAAAGCUAUCUCAAGUUUCAAAAGAUGAUGUAGACAGUGAGGCUGACGUGCAAGAAAUUUUUGUCAAAUCAUGUUCUCAGUGCCUCAGUAAUAUAAUGCCAAGUUCGAUGAGUGUUACUUCAUCAGAUACUGGUCCCAUAGCUGAUGUUCGCAGAUGCAGCGAUGGUUACUCCGUUAAUUCAAUAAGUGCAUUGUCGAGUACAAGUAAAGAAGACGUCUUUCAAUCUAUCAUGGAAGAAAAAAUUAUCCCAAAUUCAAUCAAUGUGAAUUCAAAUGGAGAUAUAUGUGAAAAUGAAGUACUUGAAUCUGAUAAAGAUGCAAAAAAAAAUGUGAUUCUGAUUAAUACAGAGGCAGCGAGACAAUUUCUUACGAGACAACUGUCUUGGGUAUCAUCGUAUGGCAGUACAAAAGACGAUAUUCAGUUAGAUACUAUAGACAAUCCUACAAGUCUCAUUAAACAAAAUGUGUCAAAUAUGGCCAAUUUAGUUUAUGAAGGAGUGAAAACAGUGGGUGAUAAGGUUGUGACGUUGUCGAGACACGUCAGUGGUAGUUCUGACGUGAACGACGUGAAAGAUGAUUUAAGUGAUAACUUUGAAGAAUUAGGCAUAGAAGAAUCAAAGAGAACUGCAGGCAGUUUAAUAAAUAGUUUACGCUGUGAUGACAUACCUUGGUCAUCGAGUGGAGGCUCAUCGGAGCACGAACUGGUGGAAAAACGAUUGAACGAGAAAAUAAGUUUAUUAAUUAAAACUGGUAACAGCGCACUGUCGACCGAAGUAUGGACAUGGGGUGACGUUAAGUACGGACAAUUAGGUGUAGGAGAUAUAAUUAAUAGGCCGCGUCCACGCGAAGUGACUAUCCUCAAUCGUUGCGGAAUCAAAAAAAUCGCAUGUGGUGCUUAUCAUACCCUGGCGCUAACACUGGACGGCCGAGUAUUUGCCUGGGGUAGGAACAAUUUUAUGCAAGUUGCACACUGUUCGCAAGUCGAUCAAAAAUCUCCGCAGCUGUUUUCUUCCAAUUUUUUCAUACGCUUGUCGCCCAAAGAGCGAGCAAAAGAUAUUGCAACUGGCAGCGAUCACAGCUUGAUAAUGACAGAUCAAAAGAUUUUUUUAAUGGGAAAACACAAAUCUUCCGGUGUAAUGUCAACGUUGGAAUUACCAGAUAUAAAAGAUUGUCUUUUAAAAAAUAUCUUUUGUUCAGAUAACUACAGCUGUUGCACGGUAACAAAGGAAUUAGUACGCGAAAUAUCAGAUAUUCUGAUAGAGCAACAAAUAUUUUUAGAGGAAACGCUAUUUGUGCAUCGGAACUUAAUAAUGCCUUUUCAGAAAAAAAGUGGAACUAUUCGCGAAGUGAACGUUUAUGAUACACUUUGCCGCUGUUACGGCGAAUUUUUGAGCGUGAAUGUUUUGAAUGUGCGUAGCUUAUGGGAUUGUUAUAAUCGCAUUAUCGAAUCUCACGAGAUCGUCAUAAUCGCGAAUGCUGACGAAUUUAUCGGUGUUUAUCGAGCGUAUUUGAACGCAGUUUGUGAUAUCAUCGCUUCGAGUGGAUUCACACAAAUCGCAAAGCUGAUUGACGUACUUGAAGUACUUUCCACCGUUUUCAAAGACAAAAUAAAUGCAGGCAGUGUUAAUCUAACUAAUGAAACAAUUAUUGCAUUUGUUUUACAGUAUCCUGUGCGGCAUUUGAAUAGGUAUAUAAAUAUAAUACAAAGUAUAAUUAAAAUGGAUAAUAGAAAUAUACGGACAGAACACUUACAAGAGGUCUUAAGUAAAUGGGAAAACUUAUCGAAAGAACAAACUAAACGCUUACAAGAAGCUGAAAGUACAAAAUCCUUUUGGGAAGGUUCCGGCAAAAUCGUAGAACAAUUCCGAACUCCCGAAAGACGUAUGGUUAGAGAAUCUUUCUCGCACCAUAUUUCUUUAUUUAACUCUAGCAGAUUUUCGUCACAUUGGUUUAUUCUGCUUAGCGACGUUUUUAUUCACAUUAGCGGCACUACUUAUACUGCACACCGUUUACCUUUAUUAUGGGUGGAAAUGCUACCAGAUUCAGAUGCAUUACAGAAUGCCAUAUCGAUAACAACACCAGAAGACAGUUUUAUACUUUAUACACCAACAGCAGCUGAUCGCAGCGAGUGGUAUUUCGCAUUUCAAACUACUAUUAAAAAUAGUCUUCAAAGAUCUGCUAGUCAUAUGCCUCCGCAAAUACGAACUGGCUCUUUUUCGUUUACGAAGCAUCCCGUAUAUAAGGAUGCCAGUUACACUGGACAAUGGUUAAAAGGAAAACUUAAUGGAUCUGGAAAGUUGGAAUGGGCCGAUAAUCGUAUGUACAUUGGUCAAUUUAAUAAAGGUGCAAUACAUGGUACAGGUCGAAUGGAAAUGCCUACUCAAGGUGUUUAUGAAGGACAGUGGAAAGAUGGUUUGCAAAAUGGAUAUGGAAUUAUGAAUUACAUAAACGGCGAUGUUUACGAAGGAUACUUCAAAGACAAUUUACCGCACGGGCAUGGGAUGAAAAAAGAAGGUCACUUCAUGGCUUCUGUUGCCUCGGUUUACAUAGGCGAAUGGUCUUCCGGUGUCAAACAAGGAUAUGGUGUUAUAGAUGAUAUAAAAACUGGCGAAAAGUAUUUGGGAUCAUGGAACAACAAUGUUAAACACGGCAAUGGACUGAUAGUUACAUUAGACGGAAUAUAUUACGAGGGAAUGUUUGUCCAAGAUGUAUUUAUGGGCCAUGGAAUCAUGGUUCUUGAAGAUGGAACUCAUUACGAAGGAGAGUUCAAAGCCGUUGGAGUUUUCGGUGGAAAAGGGAUUUUGACUUUCUGUAAUGAAGAAAAACUAGAGGGAAACUUCAGUGGCGCAUGGGACGAGGGAGUGAAAGUUACAGCGACGCUGCACAUAAAUAACAAAAUAAGUGGAAAAUCAUCAAAAGAACCACUAUCCUUUGGCAAGUUGUGCACUCCACCGGACCAAAAGUGGAAGGCAAUAUUCCAUCAAUUUUAUAUGCAAUUGGGUAUUCCUGAAAUGAAUAACAAUACAAACUCCAAAAACCCGUCGACACACCAAAUAGAGACUCAAAAGUUAUGGAGCAACGUUGCAGCUAUUAUAUCCAAAUCGCAACGUAAUCGUCAAAAACGCCAAAACUUUAAUUGUAAUGCCAUGAACUGUAGCCUUAAUUCCUCUUACAAUCAGCUCAACGAAGUAGAGGACAAUGAUCAACUACAUAAAAUUUUAUACUUUGGACACGAAAAGUUGACUCUGCCGGCUUACAAUCAGAUACACAAAUAUCUAACUCGAGCCUUCGAGAGUCCCCAUCAUCCUCUUGGUACUUUGCUCAAUGAGCUUGCGGCUGUGUACACGGCAACUUACGGUGGUGUUCGCGUACAUCCGCUUCUCCUGAAGCACGCAGUUUCAGAGCUGACAAGCAUUACAACGAGGAUAUACGAAGCUGUAACUUUGUUCUUUCCCGCGUUGCCAAAAGCUUCCGAACAGAGUUUAUUUAAACUCAACGACGACGAUGAUGAAUGCAACGAAGAAAAAGUAAUAAGCGCAGCCGCUAUACUUCAUCCUAUCUUACUGCCGCGCGUUUAUUCCGCCUUAUUUGUACUUUACGCUCUUCAUAAUAAGAAAAAGGACGACGCUUACUGGGAACGACUAAUCAAGUGGAACAAACAACCUAAUAAUACACUAUUAGCUUUCUUAGGCAUUGAUCAGAAAUUUUGGAAAAGUUUUGAUUCAGCCGAUAAUGACACAUUUCUCAACGAAGCAAUCGAAACUCUGCAACAAUUGAAAACUACUUUUUCUGCGGUUGAAAAGUUAAUAGUUAUUAGAAAUACUCAUUACCAAAUCGAACAGGCAAUACAAAAACGUUUGAAUGAAAACUACAAAUUACCUGCUGAUCAAUUGAUACCGAUAUUUUACUUUGUUGUUAUUAGAGCAAGUGUCUUGCAGUUAGGUAGUGAAAUACAUUUUAUAACCGAUUUCAUGGAAUCUUACUUGACGAAUGGGCAAUUCGAUUAUGUCUUGACAACAGUGAUGGGCAUUUAUGGCCAUAUAUUAAAAGAGAAAAUCGCGAUUGAUGAGUAGGCUUGCAUCGGAAAUGUUCUUUGAUUUGCUGAAAUACGUCAACUUGAUGUCUUGGUCUUUCAUCUGUGCAAAUGUAAUACUCGUAGAUAUAAAUAAUUAAAUAAGGAAAGAAGUCACAAACAAUCAAAAUUAUUUAAUGUUUAAAAAUUAUAUAACUUCUUAUGCAAUAUACUCGAUAUUUAAACCCUUGCCAUUGUGUGUGUAAAGACACACACACACUCGCGCGCGCGCACGAGUAGGAUUUUGAAAAUUGUAUAUAUAAUAUUUAUGAUAUUGUUAAAAGCAAUAUAGUCUAUGGAUUGUCGCUCAAACUAUUUUUCUCUCACGUUCCAUGAAUCAUGAGUGAGCAAUGUUGCACAAACAUUAUGACAUACCUGCCUCGAUGUAGUCAUGUAACCUAACAUUCCACAUAUACCGAUUAAUAAAUCUGUUAAAUUGUCUUGUUUUAUUUAAUUUAUAUUGUUAAGUUAAAAUGAAUGUAUGUAUAUAAAUGAAAAAAAAAUACUCUCACCAGUAAUGAUAAUCCAAAGAUUUAACACAGAUUUCUUGAUUAAAUAAAUGAUUCAACCUUAAAAAUUCAUGAAUAAAUAUUUAUUCGCACAUAUUACUUGUCUACAAUAUUCACUACGCAUAUGUUAACAGUCGUUAUUUUAGAGUUGUAAAAACGUAGCAAAUGCUUAGAUAUUCAGUAUUUGGCUUUUUUAUAUAUUAUUUCACAAUGGUUUUGGACCUAUGUAUACAAUGCCAUUGGAAAAAGAUUUUCUUUUAAGCAAUUUUCAAUGCUGAAUACGUCAAUUCCACAUGAUACAAACACAUUAUUCAUUUUCUUCAUUGAAUAUAAAAAAAAGGAAGAUGACAAGGUUUUAGCA